ACUUACAAACUCCAGUACAGUAGGUGGUGACAUGCACUUCUAACCGACCGCCAUAAUAUUAUUGAAGAAGAAGAAGAAUCCUGCGCACGUUUGAUCUAGGAAAAACACAAGAAUGUCACGUCUAGCUGUCAUGGCGCUGUACAGCAGAUAAUGCAGACUUUUUUAGGUGACCACUGACGUAAGAAAUCGCCACGGUUUUGCUUAUAGAAGGGGUGCAUUCAAUUUUAACGCAAUACUCUUGGUUUGGUGAACAUCUAAAGAAGCAAUCAGGAUGGCUGAGCAAGGCUCAAGUGACCCUGGUGGCCCUUCUCACACUCCGGCCACGCCCGGACGGAGUGGCAGGGGUUUGGUGAUGGGACGCCGGCUACCAGCUACUAUCUCUCCUGGCCGCCUCCCUUCCAUGCGCUCCAGAGACCUCACCCUGGGAGGUGUAAAAAAGAAAACCUUCACCCCUAACAUUAUUGGCCGCAAAGCUAAAGAAGAGCAGAAGGUUGAGGGUGGACAAAGGAGGGAGAGGAGGGAGAACGAUCGGGGUCGUGAGCGAGGUGGUAGGGGUCGGGGCCGGGGACGUCCAGAGGUCAUCCAGUCCCACUCCAUCUUUGAACAGGGGCCUGCAGAGAUGAUGAUUAAGAAAAGAGGUGGCUAUGAAGGUGAGAGAGAUGCACCAAGUGUGGGUCCCUCACCCAUCAUCAACAUCAAGAAGGAGAAGAGGGAGACAGAGGAAGAGACCAAAGAAAUUUUGCGCGCUCUGGAACGAGACAAUUUCCUGGACGACCCUCACCUAAGGAGUGAUGUAAGGAGCUGUCCUGUUCAGCUGCCCCUGGCUGUGUCAGGGUGGGGAUUCAAGGAGGAAAGUGAUGUGACUGAGAGAGCCUCCUUCAAACCAGACAAGACUGAAGAGGACAGUGAGGUCAUGGAUGGCACAAAUGCAGUCAAAGUGAAACAGGAGCCAGAAGAUGCUCCAGAGGUAAAGAAGAUGGAACCCACUUUCAGACCCCCUCCGCUCCCUGAGCCUGAGGUUUUACCUGAGCUGCUAGAGAGCUGGAGUCAGAGCAAAGAAGAGGAGCUGUUCUUCAUCCAGCUCCCUGACUCCCUACCAGGGCAGCCGCCAACCCAAGAGGUCAGGCCAGUGAAGACAGAGAUGCAGUCGGAGGAUGGACAGUCCAUUCUUUUGAAAACUGAAUCUCAAGAGGAGCAGCAGGAGGAAAACAGUUGCCAUCUGAGGGACCUGCAGGAGGGUCUGGUGGGACGGCUGUUGGUGCGGAAGUCUGGUCGCGUGCAGCUCAUACUGGGGCAUGUCACACUAGAUGUGGCUCUGGGAACCUCAUGUGCUUUCCUCCAGGAGCUGGUGUCAGUUGGAACAGGAGAAGGCCGGACUGGUGACUUGUCAGUGCUGGGACACAUCAAACACAAAUUGGUCUGCUCGCCAGACUUCGAAGCCCUGUUGGAGAACAGAGUAUGACGAACCAUUAAGCAAUUUCUACACUGCAGUGGGGACCUCAUCCAGAAAGACACACAGACCAUGCAGUGCUGUAUCAGGUCUAUAAGGACAGUAGUACCACAACACCCAGAUUUUUUCAGGUGGUUAAUUGGCCCUGGAAAGUUGCAGAAUGUGUAAUAUAAAGUAUUGAAACAGAUCUCCUACCACUAUUUUGUAAGAAAAGACAGCUUGUUUACAGAACAUUGUAUUUAUUUUUCUCUCUGCAGAAAGUGAUGGGAGAAGAUUCACUUUUUUGAGAUGUGUUCUAAAAAAGAUGUGCUAAGUGACUCCAAUAAAGGGAAGGUACAGUAUUCUCUACAUGAAUGUGCCAAAUUCCAAAUGUCAUAUUCCAGUGUUAUAAGCAGAUCACACUAUCAGGUCUAAGCUUGGGAGGGGUAAGUGGAAAAGUAAUAUUGCCCCUGUGGUAUCCUGCAAACACAUACCUAAAUUACUGGAUGUAAGAUUAAAUUUUACUUGGAUGUAAGAUUAAUAAAACGAACAAAGAGAA